AUGCAAAAAACGAUUCUCAUACUAUGGAUUUUUGCUGUUCUAUUUCAGUUCACAGUCCUCCUCAUUCUUGUAUUUCUCGCUCAUAUUGGGGUUGGAGCAACUUUCUACCAAAUGCGCGAAGGUCUUAUACCCCUGAUUGAUGAAGCUGAAAGUUCAAAGAAAUCUGAAGCGCAUGCCAUAAUGGAGUUAAUUCAAAAUCGUUUCACAGUCCUCCUCAUUCUUGUAUUUCUCGCUCAUAUUGGGGUUGGAGCAACUUUCUACCAAAUGCGCGAAGGUCUAAUACCCCUAUUCCUCGAGGAGAUUCGAUCUCCGAUUGAUGAAGCAGAAAGUUCAAAGAAAUCUGAAGCGCUUGCCAUAAUGGAGAGAAUUCAAAAUCGAACUAAGAGACCUAAUUAUUUUAAUCGAGUUCGCAAAGUGAUUGUUAGAGAAGUUGAUAAGUAUGCUUUAGUUAUAAUUUUCGAUCAAGCUUACAUCAUGCAAGUAUUUAAACAACUUAACAAUGGGAAUCUCAUGUGCCCCACUGUGUUCACAUCUCAUUCAAAUCUUUCCUACCUCCUCGGAUUUCACUUUUGGCAUCAAGGUUCAUCGCAGGUACGUUCUGGGUGGUCGCGACCUUGUCCUAGCUUAAUGAAGUACAAAGCCCACUAUUCUAAACGUUAUACUCUUCCAUAUGCUGUUAGAUAA